GUCGUAGAAGUGUCGAGAGAGAGAAAAAAACAUAUGAAAGAAAGGAGAGAGAUCCAUUAUUGAUGAUGCUUUGUCUGCUCUACACAGAUAGAUAGAUACACAACACAAGCAUCAAACACCUCUCUCUCUCUCUCUCUCUCUAGAUCAUCAUCAUCAUCAUCAACUCCCCUGAAUCCAAUCUCAUCAUCCUUCCCUCUCAUUCUUCACGAUAUCAGACCGAUCACAAUCCAAACAAUACAUACAUAUAUAGAGAGAAUUAUUAUCUCUCUUGAUUGAUUGAAUCGUCGAUCAAUCGAUUGAUUAAUCAAUUUGAUUGAGUGAGCAGCCAUGGAAGUAAGGCACAAUCCGACGACUGAUAACUCGUCAGUCACUCUGCGACAGCAGCCAUCGCCGUCGAAACAGCCUAAACCUUCCCCGAACCCCGUCGACACCACUUCCGUCUCCCAGAGGCUUCAGAAAGAGUUGAUGUCUUUAAUGAUGAGCAGUGGAGACCUUGGAGUGUCAGCUUUUCCUGAAGGUGAGAGCAUAUUUGCCUGGAUUGGCACAAUAGAGGGUGGGAAAGGAACUAUUUAUGAGGGUUUAUCUUACAAACUCUCUUUGCGUUUUCCCCUGGACUACCCUUUCAAGCCACCCCAAGUGAAGUUUGAAACAAUGUGCUUCCAUCCAAAUGUCGAUCAAUUUGGAAAUAUUUGUCUUGACAUCCUUCAGGACAAAUGGUCUUCAGCUUAUGAUUGCAGAACUAUCCUUUUGUCCAUCCAAAGUCUUUUGGGAGAGCCCAACACCGAGAGUCCUCUCAACAGCUAUGCGGCAACACUAUGGAAAAACAAGGAAGACUACAGGAAAAUGGUACACAAACAGUAUUUUUCUGGCGAAGCAAUGGAAAGCUGAUUGGUAGAAUUUUAUCACAAAUAGAAAAGUGGCUAUCAUAUUGCUUAUGAAGACGACGACUCUGUAGAGCUCUUGAAAAAGAGUUUGAUUUACUGGGAAAGUGGAAGGUAUAGAUUUGUUCCUUGAAUAUCGCUUGAAACAUUGAAUUUGUAAUUAGCAUCAAUUUGUAAAUCUGCAGACCUGGAAAAAAAAACCCGGGUAGAAUAAAGUUGUUUGAACGGUGGAGUCUACAGGAGUUGUAAAUUUGCUUCUAUCGGUGGAAAGUGGCUUAUUUUUCAAGUCUGCUUUGACAACUUAACUGUUUUUUUGUGAUGAAAUUGAGAACUUAAUUCAGGUAUUGGUACUUUUACUGCUAAAA